ACGGUAUGAUAUUCUCCAUCGCCUGGGAGCCGAGCGGGAAACGAAUCGCGACCGGUUGCAUCGAUUGCAAGGUUCGCAUCUUCGACUUGACGAACCCUGACAUAGCGGCGUUGCUCAUCGAGGGACAUCAAGGCAUGGUCAAGUCGGUGAUGUACUCAUCAGAUGGAAAAUUCCUCGCAAGCGGCGCAGACGAUUCUACCGUGCGGCUGUGGGAUGCUCGGACGGGAAGGCCCGUGAAGAGUCCGUUUCGAGGUCACAGGGACGGGGUCAACUGCGUGGCAUGGUCUCCCGACAACACGCGCAUUGCUAGUGGCUCCUUUGACCGCGAAGUUCGCGUUUGGGACGUCAGCACGGGUCAGGCUUUGUUCCGGGGGGCGUUAUACGCACACGGAGAUCACGUACGGAGCGUCUCAUACUCUCCUGAUGGGAUGUACUUUACUUCAGCUGAUAGCGGUGCCCCUCCUCGAGUUCAGAUUUGGGAUGCACGGACAGGCAAAGCAACACUUCCGUCGCUUUCUGACGAUGAGCACGCUGCCUUCAAAGAAUCGGCUGAACGAUGCUUCUACUUUGUAGAAGAACAGAGACGCAGUAAUCCCGGGAAAAUGAAAGCUGGAGCGUCUGUGUUAGCUACCACGUGGUUCCUAGACGGGCAACGCUUUGCAACUGCGGGAGAAGAACCUCUGGUACGAAUCUGGAAUGCGCAGACUGGGCUCCAGGUUGGUGAACUUCCAUGUCACCAUGAUCUCACCAAUGCACUGUCCAUCUCUGAGGACGGCGCGAAGCUCGCAACGGCAUCAGAUAGCGGCUCCAUUCGCCUGUUCGACACGGCAGCUAUGGAGUCGCUGAUGGAACCUCUCAAUAGCCACGAUGGAUCAGUUUACGCUGUCGAGCUGACACCUGACGGCUCUAGAGCGAUCAGCGGAGGCAAGGAUGGGACUGUGCGGUUUUGGGAUGCACUCACAAGCCAGGUGCAACAGCUUCUCGAGGCGCACACCGAUGCUGUUCGUACGCUCUCGGUGACAGAAGACUUGACCAAGGUGGCGAGUGGUGGAGACGACAAAUGCAUCUACAUCUGGGACUUGGAAAACUACCAGCGACUCGCAGGACCGUUUCAGCACGAUGGCCCGGUUCGCGCCGUGUGCUUCUCACCCGACGGCUCUUGCCUCAUCAGCGGCUCGGACGACUUCACCGUUCGCGUUUGGGACAUCGCGACCGCAGCCCUCUCGUUCGAUCCUAUCCGCGUUCACACAGGCCCAAUCGGGGCUGUAGACUGGUCGCCAGACGGUACGAAGCUGCUGACUGCCGGCGCUGACGAUUCGACAAUAUGGAUCUGGGAUGCGUCUACGGGCGACUGCAUUCUUGGCCCUUUGGAGGGCGGUGAAGAUGGUAUACGGGCUGCUGCUUUCUCCCCGGACGGAAAGCGCUUCGUUGGCGGGUUCAUGGACCACACGCUGCGUGUGUGGGACACCGCCACGGGUGCGGUUCCUCUAUCAACAGAAGAGGAGUCGAAUUCAGCGCAAGAGGAGGCAGACGCGGAUGCAGACAGCUGAGAAGGCAUUUGUACCGUUCCUGCAUAUUAUUUAACGGAUUCAAAAAUAAGUAUCAUGAUCAUUCAAAUACAAUAUUUGGCCC